CAUUCCCAUUUUUCAUGUGAACGUGAAAAAAACGGAAGCAUCACCUGUCAGAGAACUGACUUUACCUCUUUUAUUAACUCCGAAAAACUAAUGCCAAGCUGAUGGGCUGGGUCUAAAUCAACCCAGACGGGCUUUUCCGCAUUUCAGGGGAAGCAUUUUUUUAAAAAUUAGUUACAGGAAAGGACGUUUGCACCGACUGACAGCACCAUCAAAGUGUCCACUCCUUCUCAAUAAUCAGGUGUGUUUUCUGCACAGGAGCGAUAUGCUGUAGUUUUCUUCCUGUCAUCCUCACAUCGGCAGGUCGCGUCUAUCGAUGGUCGGUGACCAUAGAGAUUAAAAAUGUGUGAUUGGAGAGGAAACCCGCUAAAAACUAUACUCCAGCUAAUGUGUCAACUUCUUUGGGUUGUGGGGAUGGUUAUGGCCAUGAGCGGCGUCUCCCUCCUGAUGAAGUACAGACACUACAGCUUGUUUUUUUCUCAGACCUACAUCCUCCUCCCGGUAGUCUUCACGACCUGCAGCGCUGCGUUCUUGCUCUUCACCGGUUUCCUCGGUACGUGGCUGAGCCUCAGAGACUCCCGCUGUCUGCAAGGAUUGUUUGUGUAUCUGCUGGUUGUGAUCUUUUGCUUGGGAAGCACGGCCUCUGCUCUGGCCUACGUCCACUCCAGAAAGUUGGAUUCCGACACAGCGUCUCUCAGCGAGGUGUUUCAGAAAUACACAGGCAGCAGUCAGGACAGAAACUCUCGGAUUGUUGACGUUACUCAAGAGGAGCUCCAUUGUUGUGGGGUCAGAAACUACACUGACUGGCUGGACAGCUCUUGGUUCAAUAAAACCGCUGGAGAUGCGGUUCCUCGCAGCUGCUGCAACUCUACGUUCCUCUCAUGUAAAGGCAGUGUGUACCAGCCAUGGCAGCUUUACCAUCAGGGCUGUCAGGUGAAGGUGGAGAUGGCUUUUCAGUUCAUCCUAAGGUUUAUCAUGUGGACGUGCCUCCUGGGGUUUCUGACUGAGGUGGUUUUGCUUUACACGGCAGCACAGAUGAUAACGACGGAAGAACGUUUUAACUAUCGAGCACUGAGUAACACCUAAACAAAUAUGAAAUAGCUUUUCAAUUCAAAAAUACUUGCUACUUUUCUAAAGGGAAAUUAAACUGCCAAACAAUAGUGGCCCCACCACUGUUUCAGGAAUUAAAUAUUAUUGCAAUCAAAAUCACAUCUAUCAUUUACAUCAAAAAGAUGAUUUAUCUUGCUCUGGAUCUAUUGUUUGGUUCUGGGUUUUGUAUGUUGUUUUUUUUAAGUGCCUAAUGCUGAUAUUUGACUUGUGAAUAAAUACAACUGAAUAAACCUAAUUAGCUUUUGUUGCACUUUGUGCUGUGAA